AGAGAAUGCCAGGAUCGCCCCAUGCCAGCCAAGGGUCCAUUUCUCUUUGACGGCUUAUAGGCUGAUUUGUUGAUAUCCUGGAGGAUUGAAUGCCACGAGAAUGAGAGGAAAAGGGACCCUAUAAACGGCGCAUAUCCGGUCAAUUGCGAUCAGACGAGAGGAAUUGUCGCCCUUGAAAGUGUCUGUGGUGUUUAAAUCGGUUCAAUCGCCCAGAAUUCCAUCUCAAUUGAUCUAAAGUCCAACUUUCUUAUACACUCGCCCCCAAAAGUCGAGAGCGUCAUUGUCACAAGCUCUGUGGCCCCCGAAAACCGAUUCAUCCUUAUAAGAGAUAAGACUUCACUAUUUGUUGGCUUACAACUGAGGAUCUGCCAGAAUAUUGUGUCAUCUCACAUAAAAGCAUUGAUCUUGUUCUCUUUGUAAAAGCAUUGCCUCUUGUUGCUGCUCUUACUCUUUGACCACUUUCCACCCCCUAAUUCCCAGGGCCAAUCCAUCCAAUUUCUCGCCGCCCCCCGAUCCGCGAUUAAUAGGCCCCCCACUCCCCAUCGAAAGUCUUGUUAGACAACUCCUCAACUACCGCGACUGAACUUCCUUUCACUUCUACAACGGCCAAUAACUUCAACCAUGGCUUCAGUACUCACAUCAACUGAGUCGCAGACUCGCCGUCGCGAACAAUACCAUGAAGCCGAUGUCGUCGUUGUAGGAGCUGGUGUAUUCGGCUGCACUAUCGCCUACGCUCUCGCAAACCAGGGCCGAUCCGUUCUCCUUCUCGAGCGAUGGCUAUCGGAGCCCGAUCGCAUCGUUGGCGAACUUCUUCAGCCUGGCGGUGUCGCCUCACUACAGAAAAUCGGCCUCGGCCACUGCCUCGAAGGUAUCGAUGCCAUGCCUUGCUACGGAUACACUGUCUUCUACCACGGCGAGAAGGUCCUCGUUCCUUACCCCGGUCUCGACGAUAACGGCAAUGUCACACAUGCUUGGGGAGGUCACAGCACAGCGGAUAAGAGACCGUCUGGAUGCAGUUUCCAUCACGGCCGCUUUAUCACUAAGCUGCGAGAGUCGUGUAUAAACCACAAGAACAUCACUGUUGUUGAGACAGAGGUUGUCAAGACGCUGCGCGGAGAGGUGUCGGAUCAGAUUCUCGGUGUUGAGAGUCGCACAAAGAACAAGGAGACCGGUGUCAAGGAGAAGGAUUACUACUUUGGACAGUUGACCAUUAUCGCUGAUGGUUACGAUUCCAAGUGGCGUCAGGAGGUUCUCAGGACCAAGCCCAAGGUCUGCUCAAAGUUCUACGCUCUUGAGCUCAUAGACUGCGAUCUUCCUGAACCUGGCCACGGCCAUGUCAUCAUUGGCAAUGCCUUCCCUAUCCUUCUCUACCAGAUCGGCACUCACGAGACCCGCGCUCUUAUCGAUGUGCCUCAAGGUAUCCCCGAAGCCUCGCCUGAGAAUGGCGGUGUUCGUGGAUACAUCCGCAACUAUGUCCUUCCUGCACUCCCUACUAGCAUCCGACCAUCAGCUGAGAAGGCUCUUGAGGAUGGCAAGAUUCCCCGAAGCAUGCCCAACAGCUGGCUUCCUCCUACGAAACAGCGCGCCAACGGAGCCAUUCUCCUCGGUGACGCUAUGAACAUGCGACAUCCUCUUACUGGUGGUGGUAUGACUGUCGCAUUCAACGAUGUUGUCAUCCUUGCCGAGGAGUUGCACCCCAGCAAGGUGUCUGAUCUCGCUGACAACAAGGCCAUCAAUAAUGCGCUUGACCAGCUUUACUGGAAGCGCAAGCCUUUGACCGGUAUCAUCAACGUCCUCGCCCAGGCUCUGUACUCCCUAUUCGCAGCCAACGACCGUCAGCUCCGCGCUCUUCAAUACGGUUGCUUCAACUACUUCAAGCGCGGCUCAACUGACGGCCCCGUCGCUCUCUUGGCUGGUAUGCUCCAGCGCCCCUUCAUCCUCGCCUACCACUUCUUCUCCGUUGCAUUCCUCGCCAUCUGGCUCAACGCCUGCACCGUCAUUGGCUGCGGUAUCUUGGGCAUCUUCAAGGCUCCUCUCGCUAUCAUUGAUGCCGUUCUCAUCCUCUGGAAGGCAUGUAUUGUCUUCCUUCCCAUCAUGUACCGAGAGACAUUCCAGUAAAUCUGGAAUUUGGAAGAAAAAAAAGAAGAGAAAAAGAGCAUGAUGUGUUUAAGUAGCGAGAGCUGCGGCGUUUUUGGAGCUUUGGCUUGGGACUUUUAUGUCGAAUUUUAAAACGAAUCUAAAUUUCUUUCAGAAAUGGGAUACAUUAGAGCCGAGGGACGAUCGUACAUAUGGCCCCUUCUUUUCAUGGGUGGUUAUGAGACAUUUGAGCAUUUCGGAGUGUUGAGCGGGAGUGGGUUUUUGUUAGAUACACACACACAUACGCAUGCUUGAUCCCCAUACUACCUGUGGUCAGAAAUUGGGAGAUAUAAGUAGAUUAUCAUUUCAAGAUUAAUAUUAAUUGCAACUGAACUUCACUUUACUGCGUCUUGUUAGCCUAACCGUGUGUACGGCGAACCGUUUAUGUUCAUGUACUCGAUAAAUUUGUUGACUUGUGUGUUUUAUUCAACUAGACAUGAUCAUUGUGAUUACUGAGCAUUUACGCUCAUAUCCUGCCUGAUCCCUUGACCUCCAUCCUAUGUCAAUCGUCUUCGAUAGACACCAAACAUCCAACUCGCUCUCAGCACCGCAAGGCCAAUAGCCAUCUUGAUACUGUCCUGAAUGACGUUGAGCUUGCUGCCACCAACCUCGUGCCACUCAAUGGGCACUUCAGCAACCUUGAUGCCGGGACUGGUGCCAAUAACACUGCCAUCGUGGCCAAGAACUGGUGUCGCGGGUGCUGACUCUGCGAGCAUGAGCAUCUCGAUGUCGAAGAUCCACCCCUCAGUGUGCAUGUAGGGAAUGAUGUGUGGGAGGGAUGCUCGCGAGAAGAGCUUGAAGCCGCAUUGGGUGUCGCGGAUGCGCGAUGUUGCAGGGGGUGUGAGGAUCAUGAGCACGAGAUGGAAAGAUCGCAUGAGGAAGUUUCGUAGAGCCGAGCGCUAGUUGUGUUAGUUGAUACAAUUUUCAUAGACGAGAAGGUUAGUUUACCUUAACAACGGCUUCGCUGCCGACGAGAUGAGCUCGACUUCCAAUAGCAACGCCGCGGUACGAUCCAUCAACAACCUCCUCGCAUCCUUCAAUGAGCUUACCAGCAUCGGAGAAACGGGAUGCGCCAUCAGCAUCAGCGAAUAGGACGUAUUCGCCCCUCACAUGUCGGAAACCAUGAGUAGUCGCUCCGCCCUUGCCUCUGUUGCGAGCAAGUGAGACAACUCUAAGAAUGUCAUGGAGGCCGUGUUCUUGGGCAAACUUGAGGACAACAUCCACUGUCUUAUCCUUGCUUCCAUCAUCGACAACUAAGAUCUCAUAUCCGCCGAGAUCCUCCUUAGGAGCGUUCCGAACAUGUCUCUUAGUCGUAGGACUCGCUCCGCUAGGUCCAGCUUGUUUGGUUCGGCCAAAGUGUUCAUCAAGAUAAGUGACAGCCUCUUCGAGGGUCGG